AUUUCAAAUAUAUAUUUUUUCGGUUUAUUGGGACAUUCCAGUUUCCUGUCAAACUUCCGGAAUAUGUUUUGACAUUUCGAAAGUACAGAAAAUAACAACGAAAGUCGAAAAGGAUAAAAAAUGAGUUAUCCAUACCAAGGCAAUCCAGGCUAUGGAGCUCCCCCUGGUGGAUAUGGACCACCCCAACCAGGUUACCCACAACAAGGAGCACCACAGCCAGGCUUCCCCCAACAAGGAGGGUAUGGACAGGUUUCCAUGCCAACAGUAGAGAGUGCGUCUGCAGCAGCAUAUGGUACAUCCUCUGGAGGUUACCCAGGUCAGCCAGGUCAACCAGGUCAAAUUGGUUUUGAUGUUGGUGGACCUCCACAAGCAGCUGGUUAUGGACCUCCUCCUGUUGGCUCAUAUGGAGCACCUCAACCCCCUCAACCAGCCAUGCCUUCAAGUUAUGGUCCUCCACAACCUCAGUACCAGAGUUCUACACCUGCCUAUGGAUCUGCUCCUGGGUACAACCCUCCCCCUCAGGGUGGAUAUGGUCCCCCACAGCCACAAGGAGGAUUUAAUCCACCUCCACAGCAACCAACACCUGGUUAUAACCAAGGUUAUCCACAGUCAGGACAAUCCUAUGGAGCCUCAGCCCCACCCCCUGCUGGAGGAUCAUAUGGUGCCCCACCUCAACAGCAGCAGGGAGGUUACGGUGCACCAUCAUCACAACCUGGUAGCUAUGGUCAGCCAACAUCACAACCAGGGGGCUAUGGUCAGCAACAAAGUUACGGUCAACCAGCUGGUCAGCAACAGAGUUAUGGACAACAACAGCAGCCCCCCUCACAACAGUAUGGUUCCCAGCAGCCACCUAGACCCUCACAGCCAGCUGGAGCAGCAAAUGCAUUUGUUCAGAAGCCAAAGCCUGUUCCCAGGCAAGUAUCUAAUGGUGUUCCAAAGCAAAUAUCAAAUGGCGUUCCAAAGCAAUUAUCUAAUGGUGUUGCUCCCAAACAAACAAGUAAAACUGAUCCUAGUUCUAAAGUUAAUGGAGAAACACCCCCACCUCCUCUGCCUCCUCGUAAAAAGAUUACUGAAGGAACAUUGAAGCCUGCCAAAAACUUUAAUGCAGAAAAUGAUGCCAACAUUCUGAGGAAAGCCAUGAAGGGCUUUGGUACUGAUGAGAAAGCCAUCAUUGAUGUUUUAGCCUUCAGAUCAAGUGAACAGAGGCAGCAGAUAAGAACCAUGUUUAAGACUAUGUUUGGAAAGGAUUUAAUCAAAGAACUGAAGAGUGAAUUAGGAGGUAAAUUUGAAGAUUGUGUUGUUGCUUUGAUGAUGCCAUGGGAUGAAUUUGAUGCUUAUGAGCUGAAACGAGCAAUGAAGGGUGUUGGAACAGAUGAGGAUGCCAUGAUUGAAAUAUUGUGUUCAAGGACAAACAAACAAAUACAGGAAAUUAUUGCUACCUACAAAAGAUUAUACAGUAAGAAAUUAGAAGAUGACAUCAUUAGUGAUACUUCUGGGCAUUUCAAAAGACUUAUGGUUUCCAUGGCAUCUGGAGGAAGAAUGGAAAACCAGACUGUUGAUCCAACUAAAGCCCAACAAGAUGCACAGAGAUUACUACAAGCAGGAGAGAAGAAACUUGGGACAGAUGAGUCAACAUUUAAUGCCAUCAUGGCCUCUCAGAGCUAUGAACAACUACGUGCUGUCUUUGAUGCUUAUCAUAAAAUGGCCGGCAAAGACAUUGAAAGUUCCAUUAAAAGUGAAAUGUCAGGCAACCUUGAAAUAGGAAUGUUAGCUAUUGUGAGAGUCGUCAAAAACAGACCAGCUUAUUUUGCUCAGAAGCUUUAUAACUCCAUGAAGGGACUGGGAACAGACGAUAGGACAUUGAUUCGUAUUGUUGUUACAAGAGCUGAAGUCGACAUGGUACAAAUCAAACAAGAGUUCCAAAGACUCUAUGGCAAAUCUUUAGAUACAUUUAUACGGGAGGACACAUCAGGUGACUAUAAGAAGGUACUGAUGGCUCUGGUAGCACAGGGAGGAUACUGAUCAGUGGACCGUGACAUUUCUACUUUAUAGUCUUCAUUCUACAGCAACAUUUGUCAUUUUAAAGUUUUGGCAGCAUUUCUUUACUGUUGAUGGGGGAAAAACACAUGUAUAAAUAUAAUCUGUCAAAACACUUUUCAAUUUUAUAUGUAUUAGAUUCUGUAGUUAUGUAAACUUGUCAUGCUUGUAUUAUUCUUAGACAUUUGAUUGUUUUGUUUAAAUAAGUUUUUAUGGAUUGUAAAGGCAGGAAGGGACUGUUUUUUUUUGUAUCUUUAUCAAACAUCCACAAGAACCUUUUAAUGCAAAUUUACAUAAUAUAUCCGCAUGGUUUUCUUGUAUCAAGAUUGUUCCUGUAGGCUCAUCAGCCUUUAUAAGCUAAAUGUACUGUAAGAGUUGUCACCCUUGUUAAGUGUACUGUAAGAGUUGUCUCCCUUGGAACAGUACUAGUCAGUGUAUUUCUAUGUGGUAAACAAAUAAAGUUCCAUACUUUAAAAAGUUGAUAAGUUUAAAAUCAAAUGCAUAAUGUUUGUUGAGUUUAAUAAUGGGAGUAUUUUUAGUGCUUGGUGUAUGUGUUGACAGAAUAGCUCUAAAUGAUGUAGAGUGUUGCAAUGUUUAAGUGUUGGACCUUUGAUUCAAAAUUUUGUAUUUCUCAUUUUUACAUGAAUAAAAAAAGAGCUUACAAUUUUUUUGAACUUUGUUGUUCAUUGAUUACAAUUUUAAUUAACUGAAUCAAUGUUUUAGAUUGAAGAAAAAUUAGACAGAGAUUCCAAUCUCAAAGUUAAAGGCAUUUAAAGUUUGAAAAGUUUUAAAAUGGAUUUAAUUGUUCAAUUAUUAUUUUGUCAGUUUAAUUAAAGGUAAAGUGUCUUGAAAUUUUGUUUCCUAUCACAAGUUGCACCUUUUAAUUUGGAUGUCUGGAUGUCAGCUUCCCCACGAAAUAACAGAAUCUAUUGGAGUGAAAAUAAGAUGGCAAACUAUGGCAAUAAUAGUGUUUAAGAUGAGUUUUAUGCAUGUUAUAAAAGUUUUUUGUUACAUUGUGUGUUAAAUGUGCUUAAUUUAUGUGUAUUAUCAGUCAGAUAUGUUAUAGUGCUUCAACUAACACUACAUAAUAUGAACAUUAUCUUUAACUUUACAUUGAUUUUUUUCUCUAAUUUAAAAAUGCUAAUUAACUUCAAACUAGUAUAACUUUAAUAGAACUAAUCUAAUAUUAUAAAUCUAAUAUUUUUUAAUUCUCCCACCAUUUAUAUUUAACCUUAACCACAGCAGAUAGAGCAUAAUAAUUCCUGAUAAAUAAUAAUUAUUAAAAGAAGGAGAGUAAUUAUUGAUAUUACAAAAAUAUAAACCAAAUAAUUUAAUGUUUCCAGUAUUUCUCAUAUAAAAAAAAUCUAUAGAUCUGUUACAAAAUUCCUCUUAUCCCAUUUUCCUAUUAAACAUUUUCAACUUUAUAAAUUUAUUACCUCCCUUAUAUUUCUUAAUUUAUUAUCUCCCUUAUAUUCCAAUAUUGUUUGACUGUUGUUCACUGGAGGUGUUGUAAUAGAUUAGAAUCAUUUAAAUUGUGUUUAUUUGAAGGAAAAAUUAUCUCCCUUGAUUAAACUAUAGAUUAGUUAGUUGUUGUCAUUAAAUGAAAUGCCAUCUAAUUUAAGUAUUUGUGUUCAUUAGAAGUCAUGGUUUCCUUUAUAUAGAUGUAUUUGUUACUGCUAUAUUAUUUAAAUACUUCAAAUUUUAUAUUAAAUAAACAUUUCUAAAGUUGAA